AUGGAAUUGCUGCCUUCUUUCCAAUGGCACACCGGCAGUUUUGAGGAGAAGACAAUUUUUUGGAUUUGCACUGCCCUGAACGGAAGCUUUGUACUGGCUGCACUCGCGUUGUCCUGUGGAGUGACAUCACCAUAUGGCCGCUACAAUCAAGGCUCCGAAAUCCGUAGUCCCUUGAUGCAACUCCUGGCAUCCUGCAACGUCAACGCCAAAUUGGCCUGGGUGCUUCAAGAAAGUCCAACACUUGUCGCUGCUGGACUCUCUUGGUACUUUGGCAGCGAGGCCUGUACACGAAGUCCUGGUAACUGCGCUGUGCUCCUUUGCUUCGUGGUGCACUAUGUCAAUCGAUCGUUCAUUUAUCCUUUGCGAAUGAAAGGCUCCAAGCCGUUUUCCUUGCCUGUGAUGAUGAUGGCCAUGAUGUUUUGUGCCCUCAAUGGCUACAUCCAAUGCCGCAGCUUAACGAGGUACUUAUUGGUUCCCAUGAAUUGGAUGACGUGCCUGGGCAUUGCUACGUGGCUGCUGGGUUUGUACAUCAAUGUGGAUGCAGACCAUCGAUUGAGAACCUUGAGGAAGCCUGGUGAGUCAGGGUACAAGAUCCCUCAUGGGGGCAUGUUUGACUACAUCUCAGGUGCCAAUUUCUUUGGUGAGAUCUUGGAGUGGACAGGUUUUGCGAUUGCCAUGGGAGGUGCCUUACCAGGCAUCACCUUCGCCUUUUGCACUGCCUGCAACAUUGGACCUCGAGCUAUCAGCCAUCAUCAAUGGUACCUGGACAAAUUCAAAGAUGAAUAUCCCAAGGAACGAAGAGCACUGGUGCCUUUCCUCUUGUAG